GAAAGAGGAACAGGUUUGAACACACGGACUGAAAACACCUGCUUGAACACGAGAGACGAUCUUUAGUCCAGGUUGCUGCCUGAUUGAGCGUGAGUGUGCAGACUGAAGGUAAACUGUAAGUGAUGGGAACAACAUGGAUCUCAACAACUGUCAUCAUUUCUAUACUGCACAUCCAAGCUCUGAUCAGUGUCAAACCCAAAGCUGUUGUCGGUGUGGAAGGCCAGAGGUUUGACUUCAGAUGUGAAUAUAAAGAUGGCCAGCAGAACAAUUCUAAGUACUUCUGCUAUGUUGGAGAUAAUGGGUGCGUUAACCUGAUUCGGACAGAAGAACAUAACAAGUGGGUGGAAAAUGGCCGUUUUUCUCUGUACGACAACACCAGCAGAGCCUUUUUCAUUGUCACGGUGGACAAACUCAUCUUAAAGGACAGCAGGACGUACUGGUGUGGGGUAGACAUCCACUCAAACCCCGAUGAGAACAGUGUCAUACAUCUGAAUGUUUCACCAGAAACUUCACCCACCCACCCAUCACCCACCUUUGGAAAGGAACGCAAAAUGGACAAGCUCCACAUGCCGCUGUACCUUACUGCAGUGAUGUGUGUCUCAGCGAUAUUUAUUGUGUGUCUGUUUACACUUUGUCUCCUGCUGGCUGUUAAACACCGAAGAUCUGGCGAGCAUCGACUGAAUAGAGAGACGUCAUCGGACUACGAGACAAUGAUGCCAGGUGUAAGAACCGAACCUGAAAUCUGCAACUGUUCGGAUCCAAACUGCACUGAACUUUCAGCUUUUCCGUCUUCACCACCUGACCUCUGCUCCCACUUCACACCAAAGCAUCGGGAGUCCACUGUCACUCUUGGUGUCGGUGAAUAUGUUGAUGUAUUAGCACCAGGGUGCCCGUACCAGCAUCUGGAUCUCGGCCAGUUAGAGGACCAUGUCUAUCACAGCCUACAUGAAAAAAGCGGGCCUAAAGAUAGACCACAGCAGAUUAACUGACACUGUUAAAGGAUUACUCUAGGUUAAUUAAAACUUGGGUCUGAAGUUUGAAGCUUUGACAUUGACAUUUGAGUUAUUAUGAAGUCCAACAGAAAGUCUGUAGCAUAAGAUCCAGGCUAACCAAAAUGAUUCUUUAGAGAGUUGAAGGGGCGUUGGCCAAUUAAAAAAUGAAUGAUUCUGUAUCUUUAGUGAGUCAAGUUGUUAUAGUGUUAUUAUCAUCUAUUUGUACUAUGUUUCAUUUAUUUCUGCACUGCUUUUGACUGCAGAAACACUGAAUGAAAAGAGCAGACUGGAUAAUUUGACCAGUGUCUCAUAUCAUAUCAUAUAUUGUAUCAUAUAUUUAGCCAAAAUAAACGAAACAUUAAG